AAGAUAUAACUCUAGAUUUAUACUUAAACUAGAUCUUAUCGUGAUCAAGUGUAAUUGGAAGCGGAACCCUCGACUUGAACAGAAAUGAAACUCUUGGUCUUUGUGUCUUUGGCUGUCAUUGUGUCAGGCCAGUAUCUGAAUACCCAUGAGAUUCAGCAGAUCGUCGACUCCGGAUUUUUAGGACUGGAUGUUAACCCCAAAGACAAUCUUCUGGAAUACGAGGAACUCGUCACUCUAUUCAACCAGAAAGAUGUGGAUGGUGAUGGACAUUUGUCUUUGACCGAGUUUGAGGCUCAUGUUGGGGCUGACUUCUUAUUCACGGAGCCUCUUUUCAACUAUUUUGAUGGCGAUAAGAACCAGAUGCUGAGCGUGAGGGAAUUUGUGGACAUUCCAUUCAACGAAAUGAAUACUAACGGAGACUCUCAAGUGACAAGACACGAGUUCGACCACUACUACACGCAGCUUAUUCACCAUUUGGACCAGCAUCAUGGAUAAUGCAAUUGUGGCAUUACCUUAAAAAUCAUUAAACUUAAAAUAGUU